GUCGAGCGAGCGAGCCCCAUUCAGUCCGCCGAUUUGCCACCUCUCUCUCUCUCCGCCUCUCCAUCGCGCCUCUUCGCUCUUUUGCACCUGUGCAAGUGUGUGUUUCUCCCGCGGUGCGUGCUGUGUGUGUGUGUGUGCGUGAGCGGGGGGCACUGGGUGCACUGGUAUUGGGGCAUCGGUGAGUGGGGCGCGCGCGCGCUUUUGCUUGCCGCAGCAUCGCAGUCGACGUCGCUGCUGGCGUCGGCGUUGGCGUCGCCGUCGACGUUUGUUGUUUGCGCCUAACAAACACUCGCAGCGGUUUUUGUGCUGACUUUAGAUUUUAGUUUUGCUGAUACCGUAAGAGAUAAAUGACGUGCCGCCGCGGAGCGACGAAUUAGCGGCCCAAAACAGAAAUCCAGCAGUCAAAACACAAACAGUUAAAUAGCAAAAAAAAAAACAGAAGCAAGCAACAAGCAAAUGUUUGUUUGGCCCACCAGCAAACAUAAUGUAAUAGCUUAAAAAUAGCAAAAAUGUGUUUAAGUUUAAGCCAGAAAGUUAGUCUAAAAACGUCCACGAUUAGUGCAAAAAAGUUCAAAAUGUUAUGAAAGUUUUCGAAAUCAAACAAAUACCUCAGCCGUAAAAAGAAGUAGAAACAAACAAACAAAAACAACGAACCGAGUGCAAAAACUUAGUGCAAUUUCUCCAACAGAAAAUAAAAAGUAAAGAAAGAAAAGUAAAUCCCCCAAGAGCAGACAUAAGAAUCAUGUCUAGAGUGUGAAACGUUGCGUAUACGCAAUAUCGCUGAACCCCAUUAGCGCAGACAUCACGCAUACGCCGCGUCGUGCAAAAUGAUUAUGGUGCAACAUUUGGUGGCCGCCUCGGCGCACAAUUUCGCCAGCCAGGCGGCGGCGGCCCUCGUCAAUGUGUCCAGCUCCAGUUCCAGCUCUAGUUCCAGUUCGAGUUCGAGUUCGAGUUCCUCCUCCUCGCUGUCCCUCUCGUCCUCCUCCAGCAGCUCCUCGCUGUCAUCGGCCACGCCCACGCCGGUGGCCUCGCCCCUGACGCCCACAUCGCCACCGCCGGCAGCAGCCGCUCCAGCAGAAGCCUCACCGCCAGCAGGAGCUGAGUUGCAUGAGGAGGAGUUGGAGCAAAAGCAGGAGGAUGCAACGUUAAAGGAUCGGGAUGAAAAGAAGGAGGAGGAGGAGGUCAUUGGGGAGGAACCAGGUGCCAUAGUUGAUACCGAGUCAGUGAUGGCGCGGCAAAGUCCAAGUCCAGCUGCGUCCACCAAAGUCCCCGAGUCACUAGAAGAGAUUUCCCCCAAAUCGCCUCCACCCAAAAAGGAGCAGUCGGAGGAGGAGGAGGAGGAGUCCGAGUCCAUAGCCUCCGACUGUCGCGAGUUCAAAGUGCUCUACAAUCACCUGAGGCAGCAGCAGCAGCAUCAUCCCGCCUCCGCCCCCGCACCCUCCUCGCCGGACAAGACGCGCAGCACCCUGGACGAUGUGUCCAAGAUCCUGUGGGAGCGUAAGCAGCAGUUGCAGCGCAGCUCGGUGAUCACCGCGGCACCCACUGUGCACCAUCAGCAGACCCAGCAGCCGAUGAGCGACAUCGAGGACGAGGAGACGCUAGAGGAUGUGGACGAUGCGGAUGCGGAUGUGGAGGCAGAUGCCGAGGACGAGGAGCUGCUGGAGCAGUACCAGGAUGGCUACGACUCCCCGCUGGACCUGUCGCUGGGCAGCGCCACAAGUGUGGCCGCUUCAGCUGCCGCUGCAGCCGCUGCCGCCUCGGCGGCCAGUCGACGACGCGGACGCACUUACUCCGGCACGGAAUCCGACGACUCCGCGCAGUGCGAGCGGGCGAGGAUGCGCCUCAAGCCGGAGCGCAAGGCGGAGCGAUCGGCGGCCUACAAGAAGAGCUUGAUGAAGCGAUACUACACUGAAAUUCCUAUUGUCAAACAAUCGACGAGUCCGGCACCGCAACAGCAACACCAGCAACAGCAACACCUGCAGCAGCACCAGCAACAGCAGCCGCUCAAUGCGACCACCUUCGCCGGCGCCACCGCCCUGCUCCACAUCAAGACGGAGCAGAAUGCGCUGCUUACGCCGCUCCAGCUGCAACAACAGCAGCAGCAACAGCAGCAGCAGCAGCACAGCCUACACGGUGCAGCGGGCAACGGUGGCAGCAACAACGGCAACAGUGCCCACCAGCAGCAACAACCGCUGGCCAUACCGCACCGCCCGCUGCUCCACAAUUUGCUCAGCGGCGGUGCCAUCCACAAUCCGCACCACAGAAACUACACGACGGCCACAACAGGUUCAUUUCCGCCCAGUCCCGCGGACAGCGGCGUCUCCGACGUGGACAGCUCCAGUUCCGGUGGCCAGCCCUGCGCCGACGAGCUGAAGGCGCGUCUCGGGAUGCCGGCGGCCACCUCGGCGUCGGCAGCGGCCGCAGCAGCGGCGGCGGCAGCGGCAGCGGCACACCUGCACACGGGCACCUUUCUGCAUCCGAAUUUAUACCAGAACAAUGCGGCGAAUUCGCUGCGGAACAUAUGGAAUCGCAGUGUUGGGGUGCCCGACAACUAUUACGGAAGCAGUGCCGCCGGCAGUGGGAGCGGCCAGCCAGGUGGGCCAGGCAACCCCCAAACGCCGGGCUACCUGCCAACGUCCUACUUCAACGCCCCAACAGCAGCGGCGGCGGCGGCGUCCCAGCGUGGAACCACCAUCAACGGCUAUCAUUCCCUGCACCAGCAGCAACAGCAGCAGCAGCAACAGCAGUCGCAGCAAUCGCAGCAGCAACAGCAACUGGCUCACCAGCAACUGUCGCACCAGCAGCAACAGGCAUUGCACCAGCAACUGUCGCACCAACAGCAGCAGCAGCAGCAACAACAGCAGCAGCAACAGCAACAGCAGCAGCAGCAACACCCGCACUCGCAGCUGAAUGGCCCGCAUCCGCAUCCGCACUCCCAUCCGCAUUCGCAUCCGCAUCCGCACGCGGGCCAGCACACGCAUUCCACAAUCGCUGCAGCGGCAGCGGCAGCAGCAGCGGCCUCCGUGGUCAGCAGCAGCAGCAGUGCCGUUGCAGCGGCGGCCAUGCUGAGCGCCAGUGCAGCGGCAGCGGCAACGGCAGCAGCGGCGGCGGCGGGCGGAUCCCAGAGCGUCAUCCAGCCGGCGACGUCCAGCGUCAGCUACGAUCUCUCCUACAUGCUGGAGCUGGGCGGCUUCCAGCAGCGCAAGGCGAAGAAGCCGCGCAAGCCCAAGCUGGAGAUGGGCGUGAAGCGGCGCAGCCGUGAGGGAUCCACCACCUACCUGUGGGAGUUCCUGCUGAAGCUGCUCCAGGAUCGCGAGUACUGUCCGCGCUUCAUCAAGUGGACGAACCGGGAGAAGGGCGUCUUCAAGCUGGUGGACUCGAAGGCGGUGUCCCGCCUGUGGGGCAUGCACAAGAACAAGCCGGACAUGAACUACGAGACGAUGGGCAGGGCGCUGAGGUACUACUACCAACGCGGCAUCCUGGCCAAGGUGGAUGGCCAGCGGCUGGUCUACCAGUUCGUCGAUGUGCCCAAGGACAUCGUGGAGAUCGACUGCAAUGGCGUGUGAGGAUAUGAUAAGGAUGCCUGUACAUAUAGCUCGAUCCGAAGGCGAGUCGAGCUGGCAUGGCAAUAGGUUCUGGGGUGGGGUAAAAUCAACCGGCUAGCGGCAAUAGUGGCUAAAGGCCACGCGAGUUAGGGAUUUCUUUGUACAUGCGUUGAGUUUCUUGAGGUUAGCCAGCGAUAAGCAUAAGUUACAUCUAGCUGAUAGUCCCCAUACGCGUACAUAUAUACUUAUAUAUAUAUAUAUAUUCACACCCUGUGUCCUGUACCCUAUACAUACACCCAGCUAAAUCGGCGGUAAUUAAUGAUCUAUUCAUUGGCGUUAGUGUUGUACUUGUAACUGUAACUUUAAUUGUAAACUGUAACUGUAAUGAAUAUUGUUAUUAUUGGUUAUUAUUAUGAUUAUUACUAUUAUUAAUAUUAUUAUUGCUAUUGCUAUGGCGGAAGGAGGAAGGACGAGGGACGACCGAAUUGAUUCAUAUUGAUAUUCGAUAGAUGUGUGUAAUAUGUAAAUGAGUACGAACCCAUAUAGCUGCAAGAAAUUCUCUAUCUCUACUGAUCUAAAUCUAAAUGUAUAUGAGUAUGUAUAUGCCUAGCCUAAUGCCCUUUCAACUGUCCCCCACCCCCCGCUGCCCAAGGACAAACACAGUGCAGAGGAUAUAACUUUACACAUUAUAUAUCGGAUAUAUAUGCGGAUCUGAACGAUCUGCGUGGGUGUCUGUGCUUGGGCUAAUUGUUUUUGUUGCUUAUUUUAUAAAAGAAGAGAGAUGGAAAUUUAUUAUUUCAUAGUUUUAGCUAUUUGUACGAUUACGAUUAGGUUAUUUAUUUAAGUGUUUCUCCAGCUAAACCCCUUAACUUCCCCAAACCACAAACAAAAACACACACACACUUCCUAACUGGAGCUAAGAACCCAGACAACUGGUGGUCUAAACUUUCUUGUAAUUAUUAUUUGAUAAGUUUUGUAUAUUUACAACAUCAAAAGCAAAAAAAAACUCACAGGAUAAACCAGAAGAAAAGCACUCCUUGAGCCAUCGUUUAAGCAGUCCUAGAACACCGAACCAAACUCAACUUUCUCUCGAUCUGAUGUUUAUUUAUAAAGCGUAAAGUUAAACUAUCGUAUUCUUGUUAACGUCACACUGCCACAAAUCGAAACAAGCCUAACAGAAUGGAACAGAUCUGAACGGACAACCGAACAGAACCGAGAUACUGACCCAUAGUUUCAACAAUACUGCUACCGCAAUCCUCAAUGCAAUAUACCGACAACUUCUACAAUAAUUUCCAAACACUGCCCAAAACGUGCAAUCUCUGAAAAGGAAACCUUGAAUAGGAAAAGAGAAUAAAACCAACUCCUAGUUCUUUAAUCUAUUUCUUUAAUAGUUGCGUUCUCUAAGUACCUUUAUCUAUUAUUAUUAUUAUUAUGUGUACGUGAAGAUGAAAUCUACAAUAUAUCAUUUUGUUUAUGAUGAUUGGUGAUUGAUGAUGCAAAUAAACAAAGUGAGUCUUGAGUUCAACUCUGUUCAUUGUAAACAAUUUUUUAUGAUUAUUUUUUAUUUUUUAAAUAAAAUUAUUAUUUCAA